CAAAAAAUAGGCCAGAUAUAACAGAUUCUGCUACCAUAAAUCUUAGAGUUCUGAAAUUUCCUAUUGUUGAACACAUUUUUUUUAAUGACAAACAGGUACUUCACUAGAAUAAGAUGAUUGUAGGAAGUGAGCUCACAAGCAUUUGAAUAUAACCUGCAGUGCAAUUAAAUUAGCUCACAGCUCUCAAUCAUUAUGCAAAAUGAAACAACUUUCCACUUGCUGAAAUAUAGGACAGAUAAUUCCAUAGGGCUUCUGAUGUAUGUGGUGUCUGUGUGUGUGUGUUUGUAUUAUGCAUAAGCAUUAAUUGGUAAGUUUCUUUAAUCAAAUUCUUGAGCUUACAGCAUUGUAAUUUGGUAUUACUGAGAUACUAAACUUUUUUUUUUAUUAUUAAGAUUUGUUUUAUUUUCUGGUUUCAUUUUAAAUUCGUAAAACUUUUAAGUUUUAUGUAAUUUUUUGUUGUAGUUUAAGUUUGUUAUUCUUAAAAGAGAAAUGCGUGAUAAGUGUGUGGUCAUUGGAUAAUAAUCAUUAUCAAUAAAGAGGGGGGUAUCAUUAUGAAAUAAUAUAUUUAAUGAUAUUUGUUGGACAUGGCUGUAUGUAUGCCACAUAUAUAUAUGUGUGUAUUCUAUAUACACUUACGCGCACACACACGCACAUAUGUAUGUGCGUGUGUAUUCUAGUUUGACGCAUUUAGGGUUCAGAAUUAACUUUUAUUGUAUACUGUUUGUUUUCUUUUAUUUAGUCAACUUCCAGUGACAUUGUACCUGUUGUUCUACAUUGUUGAGGUGUAGUGAUAAUGCAGCGCUACAUUUUUUUCAAUCAACAGCAUGUCAAUCAAAAGAAUAUUUUAUUACUUUCAAUUAAGUAGCAUGUUUUUAGCUUUAAGGCCUCAUAGGGGAUUGCAUAGCAUGUGUACUAUUUUGCAGAGCUUGCGAGGGCACCCCAUUGUUUUUCUCAUGUUUUUCCCCAUAAUAUAACUUUUGUGCUUUUCCGCUGUCGUGGGAGUACAGAGGACUCAAAAGACAUCAGAUCAGCUGCGUUCCAUCUGUGAAAAGCCAGCUGCAGACAUCUCUAUCGUUUCAGUGGCAGGGAUGCGUUGUGGGUGUGUUGCAUGCUAAUCUGAAUUCAAAAACGGCCAGUUCAAUGUUAAAUCCAUUUAAUUAAUGACGCCUGUAAGCAACAUUGACUUAAUAAUAAAGAAAAAAUAUUAAGAUGAGCAAUUCUUUCUCUUUAGAGCCAUUAUGUGUGAUUUAAACAAUUUUUUGAAUUGAAUUGAAUUCAGACAUAAUGGAAUUCAUUUUUUUUUAUAUUCACAUGGCUUAUCCAGCCAUCUGCACAUCAAGCUGCAAGUCAAAAUUUAGCCAAAAGACAAUGUGGUCAACACACAUUAGCAGGCAUAUGGUUCACUUAUAUAUAUGUGUGUGUGUGUGUGUGUGUAUGUGUCUCCAUUCAACAAGAGAGUCGGUCUGAUAAAUCUGGCACAGAGUACACAGGCAUGGCUUGUAUGGUCAGUAUAGACACACACACACAUAGGAAAUAAGGAGCUGAGGAAAUCUGGGUCGCUGUUAGUCAGCCGUAUCCAGCUCAGAGCUGUGAGCUUUCAGUUUUGGGUGAUGCCAAGGCUGAAAAUGUGGAAGCAUAUCACAAUUACAGGCACCUGCAGAGAGCUUUUCUCUUUCAAGGAGAUUGUAUAAUGGCGUAAACGGUCUAAAUGCAUGAAAACAUUAUUACAGAUGAACACGUUUUCAUUACACAAGUCAGUUCUUAGAAGCACAAAAAGACAGCUUGUGUUAUCUGAAGCACUCCAGAGACAGACUUCACACACACAGCCAACAGCAGCGAUCAAACAGAUCAGAGGAUUAAAAAACAAAACAAAAAAAAAAUCACUUGUGUAGAACAAAAUAGAAAAACACGCAGGCUACGUGAAAAUAAUACACGGAUAAUAUGGAAUCAACCAGCAAGCGUCUCCCGAUGGUUUUUGAGGGAAAGCACAAACCUGAAUUGUUUACACUCACGCAGUGCAGGCUGUUUGCUAAAGACCUCAAGUUUACAGCCUGCAGAGAUCACCUCUAUUCGACAUCAAAUAUUAAUCUUCUGUUAGAAAUUCCGACCUCGUAUAUCAAAAUCCCUCGUUCUUCCGCGGAUAGCGUUAUACUAUGUGACUAACGCGCGGGUGUGGGACAGUAAAGGUCCGCACCUGUGGGCUGUUGUGUGAACUUUAAUUUUUUGUGUGUUGAUUUUUUUCCCCCCACUGAAUGCACACGGGGAAUAUAAGGGCUUUAAACGACGGCUUUGAAGUGGACUGUUCCCAGGGUCGCCUGCCGCUGUUUCUGAGCUGUAUGCGGACUGCGCACGCGGGUCCGCAGUGGCGCUGUUGUAAUUUCACGUCACAUCAAGUUUGAUCAGCGGUCCGAUUGGACGAUCCGCAGCGCUGUCCUGAAUUGAGAGGCUCUCUCGCUUGUUCGCUCGUCCCGCAUCCCGAAUGCGCCUCUCCGGCGUCGCGUGAGGGAGUCGGUGCGCAUCUGGCGUGUUUUGUCGUCGGUCUGGAUGUUACGCGUGAGCUGAAGAUUUCUAGAGGUCGGCGACAAAAUGCGGCGGCGAGCGCACGCCAGCGUCCUGCUCCUGCCGUGGCUGGUGCUGCAAACCCAGGCAGGCUUUCCAAACCAGAUCAAUAUCGGUGGUCUCUUCAUGCGCUCCACUGUCCAGGAGCACAGCGCGUUCCGCUUCGCCGUUCAGCUUUACAACACCAACCAGAACAUCACCGAGAAGCCCUUUCAUCUGAAUUAUAACGUGGACAAUCUGGAGUCAUCCAAUAGCUUUUCAGUCACGCACGCGUUCUGUUCUCAGUUCUCCAGGGGUGUAUAUGCAAUAUUUGGAUUCUACGACAGGAGGUCAAUGAACACAUUAACGUCGUUCUGCGGCGCUCUCCACACCUCCUUCAUCACACCAUCUUUUCCCACGGACACAGAUGUGCAGUUUGUCCUGCAGAUGAGGCCAAGCCUCCGAGGGGCGCUGCUCAGUUUGCUAGACCAUUACAAAUGGGAGAAAUUCGUCUACCUGUAUGAUACCGAUAGAGGGUUUUCCAUCCUUCAGGCUAUCAUGGAAUCUGCGGUAAUGAAUAAUUGGCAGGUGACAGCACGUUCAGUGGGGAACAUAGUGGAUCCCCUGGAAUACCGGCGCAUUAUUGAAGAAAUGGAUCGUCGACAGGAGAAGCGUUUCCUUAUCGACUGUGAGGUCGAACGUAUUAACAGUAUUCUAGAGCAGGUCGUCAUCUCAGGAAAGAACAGUCGAGGAUAUCAUUACAUCCUGGCUAAUCUUGGGUUCUCCAACAUGAGUCUGGAUAAGGUAUUUUCAGGCGGUGCAAAUAUCACCGGAUUCCAGAUCAUAAGUCCUGAUAGCCCAAUCGUGCAGCAGUUCCUUCAGCGCUGGGAGCGGCUCGAUGAGAGAGAGUUCCCUGAGUCUAGAAACGCUCCCCUGAAGUACACCUCUGCUCUGACACACGAUGCCAUCCUCGUGAUAGCCGAAGCUUUUCGGUAUCUGAGACGUCAACGUGUUGAUAUUUCUCGUCGAGGGAGUGCAGGCGAUUGCCUCGCCAACCCGGCUGUACCAUGGAGCCAGGGAAUCGACAUUGAGAGAGCUCUCAAAAUGGUUCAGGUUCAGGGAAUGACGGGAAAUAUUCAGUUCGACUCGUUUGGACGGCGAUCAAAUUACACCAUUGAUGUUUAUGAAAUGAAACCAGGAGGAGCCAGAAAGAUUGGCUACUGGAAUGAAUAUGAGAAAUUUGUUUAUAUAGUGGAGCAGCAGGUUACCAACGAAUCCUCCUCUGUGGAAAACAGAACCAUUGUGGUCACUACUAUUAUGGAAGCUCCAUAUGUAAUGUACAAGAGGAAUUAUAUGCAGUUGGAAGGGAAUGAUCGCUAUGAGGGCUACUGUGUUGACUUGGCAUCAGAAAUCGCAAAGCACGUGGGCAUAAAGUACAAACUGUCCAUAGUGGCUGAUGGGAAAUACGGAGCACGCGACCCUGAGACCAAGACCUGGAACGGCAUGGUGGGGGAGUUGGUAUAUGGGAGAGCAGAUAUAGCUGUGGCUCCUCUCACUAUAACCCUUGUCCGGGAGGAGGUGAUAGAUUUCUCCAAGCCCUUCAUGAGUCUGGGCAUUUCCAUCAUGAUCAAGAAACCACAGAAGUCCAAACCGGGAGUCUUCUCCUUCCUGGAUCCGCUGGCCUAUGAGAUCUGGAUGUGUAUUGUGUUUGCAUAUAUCGGUGUGAGCGUGGUUCUCUUCCUGGUGAGUCGUUUCAGUCCAUACGAAUGGCACCUGGAUGAGAAUGAAGAGGCGAAGGAUCCGCAGACGCCCCCCGAUCCUCCCAAUGACUCCGGCAUCUUUAACAGUCUCUGGUUCUCUCUUGGAGCUUUCAUGCAGCAAGGAUGCGAUAUCUCACCAAGAUCUCUGUCUGGCCGUAUUGUUGGAGGUGUGUGGUGGUUUUUCACUCUGAUCAUCAUUUCAUCCUACACGGCCAAUCUGGCUGCUUUCUUGACUGUGGAAAGGAUGGUGUCGCCAAUAGAGAGCGCAGAAGACUUGGCAAAGCAGACUGAGAUCGCCUACGGUACACUUGACUCCGGUUCCACCAAAGAGUUCUUCAGGCGCUCAAAGAUCGCCGUCUACGAGAAAAUGUGGUCCUACAUGAAGUCAGCCGAGCCGUCCGUGUUCGUUAAGACCACCCCCGACGGAGUGGCCCGUGUGCGCAAGUCGAAGGGGAAGUUUGCGUUCCUGCUCGAGUCCACGAUGAACGAAUACAUCGAGCAGAGAAAGCCGUGUGACACUAUGAAGGUGGGAGGGAACCUGGACUCCAAGGGCUACGGUGUGGCCACGCCCAAAGGGUCGGCAUUAAGAAGCGCUGUAAACCUGGCGGUGUUAAAGCUGAAUGAGCAGGGCCUGCUGGACAAGCUGAAAAAUAAAUGGUGGUACGACAAGGGAGAGUGCGGCAGCGGGGGAGGGGACUCGAAGGAUAAGACCAGCGCGCUGAGUCUCAGUAACGUGGCUGGCGUGUUCUAUAUCCUGGUGGGGGGUCUGGGUCUUGCCAUGACUGUGGCUCUGGUGGAGUUCUGCUAUAAGUCGCACCAGGAGACCAAACGCCUCAAACUCGCCAAAAAUGCCCAGAACUUCAAACCAGCUCCUCCAUCCACCGCACAGAGUUUCACCACGUACAGAGAGGGCUAUAACGUCUACGGAACAGAGAGCGUCAAAAUCUAAUGAUUGGAAGCCUGUCCCGUGCUGAUCAUGUGGUAUGUGGCAUGGGAUAGACUCUCCUUCUCUUUGAGUCGACUGCGAUUCCCUUUAGAAAGCGGACAAGCACCCAACCAAAUCUCAUCUCACCAGAACACUUGUCUUCACGUCUCUGACCACAAACCUGAACCAAUAAUCACGCGACAGACUAUCGGAUGGACCAAACAGCCAGCCAGCCAGCCUCCUGACCGCCCUCUCUCGGUGCCUUACUGAACCAGUGGCAAAACAUCAAAUCAUGCAGAUCAUCUCACCAAAGUCCUGGAGAUGUCCUGCUGGGUGCUGGAUCUAAAACCAUACUUCAAUUCAUUCUUAUUUUGAGAGGGAAAGACGGAAAAGGAGGGAGAGAGAGAUAGACACACAGCGAUAAGAGGUUUGAUUCGGUUGAUCUCGUGAUCAGUGCUGACAGUGUUUAAUGAGUGACAGUCAGCUUGUCUCCAUGACAACUCUCACUAAAAGGAGUGUCUGCAGACAAACAUUUUAUGCAAAUCUUUUUGAAGGAUUCUGCUUAUUCAUUUAAAGUUUGUGCUGUGGUUUUGUGUCCUCAUCAACAUAAUUGUUAUGAAUAAUGUAAAUAAUAAUUUCGGAUACAUUAUGGCAUCGGAGAAAUAAUGUCAAUAUUGGUUCGCGUUCACAAUUUGCAUUUUAUUUAAGAGUUCUGAUCAUAGUGUAUUUAUUGUAGUGGGGGUGAAUUCAGGCUGCGUGUGUGAGAAGAGAGUGCAAGAGAGAAUAUUUCUCUGUUCUGUACUAUAAACCCUACAAGAGUUUUAAGAUUUUGAAUUUAUUUGAAUACUUUAUUAUGAAACAUAGGAAAUAAAUAGCAACAGCACAUUCAUAUAACAUCCACAGCAACAACAACAACAACAAAAAAAUAAAAAAACAUGUAAUCAUCUGUUUUCUGUUUAGAUCGGUUCUUUUCAAGGUCAGGGUUAGGAAACAACAAAAUGUUUAAUACUUUGUAAUUACUUUUUUUGUUUUAAAACACUUUAAUAAACUGCGAUUGUCACCAAGAUAACGUAUGAACUAAGAAAAUAAAAAAGAAAACACAGUUCUUUGAUUUUAUAAAUGCUGAUAAAGUCUGUUUAAAUUCUUAACAUUUGUUUAGAUGGUAAAAUGCAUAUUUAUUUUGAAGGUUUUCUAAAACUGACAUCUGUUUGAUUACUAAGUGAACUUGCAUGUGCAGUAAGGAUGAAAACAGCCUUUCCCUCAAUGAAGCCUCCUCUUCUCAUGUUCCUGGUCCUCUGCUCCCCCUCUCCUCCUCCAUUCCCUGCUAAUAAUAAUAAUAAUAAUUAAAAAAAGAAAAAGAAUUGAAAAUUGUGAAAUGGUCAAGAUAACAUCCUGAGGAAAACAAUAAUAAUCUGUCCCUUUGCAUGAAUGCAUCCAACUCUUAAACAUUUAAGUAUAUUUUGUAAAUAAAGACAGAUUUAAGACAAA